CGCUAAUAAUAAAGAAGAAGAAAGAAACAAUUGGAUGUGGAUUCAUACAACAUUUCUGUUUCUGUUGAUUGGUGCAUUGAGUGGACUAUCGCAAGAUGGUUAUUUGGAUAAGAGUAUUCGAAAUAGCAGAGCUGCUAAUGUAACUUCUGUAUUGCCUCUCCGAACAAUUCUCGAAAAUUUAGCUGUCCUGGCUCGUGUGACCAAUGCUGUCAGUCUAACUGCUGCCCUUCUACAAAAGACUUUCCCAUUCCGAACUAUCAUUGGAGAAAUAAUGGAAACGGAACCGAGUGUUGUGGGUGAAAUAGCAAAACACGAUCCAUCACAAAUAAACUCACAUCUUCAUAGAAUGCUCAAUAGGUAUACAUUUAUUACUGAAGCUACCAAUCAAUACGGCAGUACCUUGCCAAAAUUAAUCGAUAUAUGCGAGCAGUUUGAAAAAACAAUUGGGAUUAGAUCUUCAUUUUCCAAUGAAACAUUUGUGAAUUUUUUCAAUACAGUGCUGGACCCGCAACUGAAAAAGUAUUCAAACCCGUGUGAUGUGAAUCUCAUGAUGUUACUUCAAACAUUCUGGAAAGUAAUGAAUGGCCAUUCAGGUUCUGUCGAAGAACAACAAAAAGAUACUAUUCUGCAAAUGAAAGAAAACAUUUCAAAUAUUCAAAAUUGCGUGGUAUCCAUCAAAGAUAGCUAUGGUCGUAUAACCACUCUAUUGAGUUCCCCAAAAUUUGUGCUUCAACAAGUAAAAUCAAUGAGAGAUGUUAUGAAGAAACUUCAAGGAAAAGAACUGCACAACUUGGAAGACAAUGUGAAAACAUUUCAAAAAACUUUCCAGGAGGUUCGCAAUAUCUGGAAGACCCCGGAAGUCAAUGUUCACGUUGAAAUAAAUAAGAUUCUAGAUUCUAGAAACAAAACUAAAAGCUCGAACUUUGAUGAUUGGGUAUAUUCGACUGGAUUUUCAGCGCGUGGAGACUAUUUAAAAAUUAAGAAUGACCUUAAAGGAAAAUGGUUCAAGGACGAAGUUUCUAUGGGAAGAAACACUGAUUUCUUGGAAAAAGCACUUGAAAAGUUCAUUACACUCGGAGAAAUUAUAUCCAAUUUUGAGAAGGCCUGGCUCAAUUUUGACAAACAAAUCGAAGCAAAUUUUUCAAAAAUUGAUAACAUAACUUCCUUAUUUUCUACUACUGAAAGCUUCAAAAAUGUAAAUUCAAGUGAAACCAACAUCAAGAAAAUGGAGGAUACUCUGAGGAACUGUUCAAUGUUUGAAAAGACUAUCGAUGGACCAUUCGAUGAGAUGGAUAACCAACUUCACAUGAUUCAUGAAAUGGUUGAUAGUCUCUAUGAAAUUCGUGAUUGGUGCCUAGGUACAAGUCGAAUUGACACGGAUCUGGUUAAUGCCGGCUUGGAUUCAUUGGAGAAACUUGAUAAAAUCAAUCUGCUCCCAAUGAAUCUCGAAGAGUUGAAGGAAACUUUUCGUAAAACUCCCAAUUUCGACGAAAUCAAUGAGUUUACAAAGACGUUUAUGGAGCUUCGUACUCUUCAGGAUAAAUUUGAAGAAAACUUUAAAAAUAUGAAUGAAACUUUAGCUCAUGGACAAUGUAGAUGGAAUGACUUGAAUAAGUCUCCGCUGUUCAUCAGUUUGCAAUGUCUCAAAGAUACUCAUUCAAAUUCAGAGGUAAUUCGUGGUUUAUUGAAAUUCAUUUCAUCCAUUAGAGAAUUGGAAAGAAAAAAUAGCGAUGCAAUUGUUGAAUUCUUCAGUUUCCGGUUACAUAAGAAUGAAACAAUCUUUCAUAACAGCUGAAACUUUCUUAAGAAAUAUUCCGGAACCAAAUGUCUCCACUGGAAGAACUAAUCCAGUCUUCAAACUAAAGAAUGGCCAAAAACUCUCUAAAAUUCUUGGAUUGGGUGUUAUCAAUCUUGCACAAAUUGUAACCGCAUUGAACAAUAAAAUUGAAUUGUUGAAAUCGACAAACUAUUCAAAAGAAGUUGAUGAUGAAAUUUCAAAGCAUAAUCCAUCUAACGAAGUGAGACAAUUUUGGAGUACUGAAUACAAGACAACCAUUAGAAAAAUGAUUGAAGAAAUGGACAACCUUAAUCAUUUUGCAAAUGAAAUUCUCAAUAAAGACUUGAUGACUCAAAGACAAAUAUUCGAAAAAUCAGCAACAAUAAAUGGGAUUCGUGACGCAGCGGAAAUUCUGCGGAAUGUAUUCGAGAAGGUUUGGAAUCAACUGAUGAAGUUGAAUUCAGUGAAGAAGGAUUUCAAAGAAGCUGUGGAAAACUCGAAACAUCUUACCGAUCGUAUAUAUGAUUUGAAUUUUGUUCGUUAUCAAGGGGAAUUACAUGCGGCUAGUGGAGUUAUUCAAGAAGUGAAAGCAUAUUUUGAUGAGAUUUUCGGAUUAUUACCACAGAAAAACAAGAAGAAGACGGAUGCGGAGAAAGUAGUGAACAAUGCAUAUCUCACCGUCAUUCUAAUAUCUGUUGCCAUCUUUUUGAUUGUUCUCAUUGGAAUAAUUUCUAUCUAUGGAUUAACCAGCAGUGGACGAAGAAACUUUGCAAUAUGGUAUCUUUACUACUUUGGAAAACCAGAAAACUUUGAGAAUAGAUGGAGAUAUUCGUUGUUUUUGGAUAGAAAGGACGGAGAAAAUGGAUUGCUUGGUGCUGUACGAGAAAGCAAUAAAGCACAUGCUUUGAAAUUUAUCAAAAAAGGAGCUUUCAUCAAUGCCUACAAUCAUCAUGGGAACACUUUACUACACUCUGCUACUAAACUUGGCAAAGUAGAACUUGUUGAGAUUCUUAUCAAGAAUGGAGCUGAUCUGACACUUUUGAACGCCAAGAACAAGACCGCAGAAGAAAUAUUGGUUUCCGAAACAAAGUUAGCUCAUGGUGAUAAGAAGGAACAAUUUGAAACGAUUGGGCUUAUUUAUAAGAAGUAUGGAAAGAAGAAGUUCCGUAUUCAAGUUCCAGAGAUAUUUCCAGUUAGCUCAUUCCAUAUUUUCAUUGACAAAGAAACCGAUGACAAUGUCACUAAUAAAUUUCUAUUAGUUUUCCAAUCUAUCACAUCCAUGGAACCUCUGCCAAAUACAACUCAUUGUAUUGUCCAAACAGAAUUUGAUGGAACACUGAAAACGAAUGAUCUUGAUCUAUUGAUUUGGAUAUUAAACGGAAUAAUUUUUGUGAAAGAGUCGUGGAUGACGGAUUGCUUAGACAAUGAGAAGUUGAUAAAACGAGACUGCGAAUAUUUGGUAGAAAAAGUCAAAUACAAGAAUACUGUUUACAACACAGUACUUCAAUGGUCCGAGGCAAUGGCAAAAAGUACGAUGCCAUAUCUCUAUGGUGCACAUGUUGUAAUUUCAAUGAAGAAGUGUGAAAAUUUGAACAAAUUAACCGCCCUGGUAACCAUACAUGGAUGUAUGAUGCUCGCAGAAUUUCCGGAAAAGAAUAACUACAAUGUUGGAUCCCAUCCUUAUCUUCAUGCUCAUCUUGGACCUCUCUUCAUCAUUCAUGACGGAUCUUUCGACCUGACAAAGUACAAAAAUGAUCCGGAUAAAAUGUACACUUUGCUUACGGAGGAAGAGUUCAUGCACUUCAUGCUCAAAAGGGAAAUCAACGUGGAUAAGAGACCAAAUCCUACUUCAGCGGAAAAUGAUAACUAGAAUUAUGUUUAUGAUCAAUAAAUGCAACACAUAUUU